UUCGUUGUGAUAUGUAUAAACUUCAGCUUUUUGAAGAUUGCCGAACAUAUAAUAAUAUUCAUUUUUUUACGUCUAUGUAUCGGAAGCUCUUAAAACGAGGAGACCACACCUUUGCAUUGCAUAUGUGUUAGAGCACAUAGCCAUUGAGAUAAACUUGUUUAUGAUUUGCGUGAUCAUUUUUGGCAUACCAUGCUCAACAUAGUUCUAGCAUGGGAACCUAAGCCAUUCAAUAAAAGGCUCACUAUGUUGUUCAUCACCAUAAAUUUUGCCGCGUGAAAGACCUAGAUUAUGGAUUACUGCCUGUGUUUGAUAAUUUGACAGAGGUUUUAGGACAAAUGGUUAAGAAUAAUAACCACAUACUAACCAUCGGGAGUUUUUGUUGUAAAGUCUAGAUUGCUCAUUUACUGUACUGAUUUAUGAUGUGGGAGGUCCUAUUGAAACCCAAGCUGGUUGAUGGAUGAUGAUGCAGCCCAUAAGUAUGUUUUGCAUGAGAGUUGUUCUAGGAGGCAAUUUUUAAUGACAUUUACAAGCUUAUGUCAUGUCUUGACUUGUCUGUAGAUUCUCGUAAUUUCAAUCGCUUCUAUGAUUUUGUCUUCUUCUUUUGCCGUGAAAGUGGGCAGAAGAACAUCGCUGUACAUAGGGCCAUAACUGCCUGGAGAUUAGUUCUGAAUGGAAGGUUUCGGUUGCUUAACCAAUGGUGCAACUUUGUUCAGGAAUAUCAACGUCAUAAUAUAUCUGAGGAUACUUGGCAACAAGUCCUGGCUUUCAGUCGAUGUGUAAAUGAAGAUCUGGAAGGUUAUGAUCCUAAAGGUGCUUGGCCUGUUCUUAUUGAUGACUUUGUCGAGCACAUGUACAGCCUUGUUUACAUGAUGUUCUUUUCCAGAUGCAGAAUUAGUCGAUCCAAAAAUUGCAGCACUGAGGAUUAUAUUUUUGGCUGUGCUGACAUGGAAGCACAACCUAGUAUAUCUAACACUUUCAGUGGAUUGAAUCUGCUCCUUGGAUCGAAGAGGAAAUCUCCUAUAGAUACCGAUGAACGUGAUGAGGAAGAAUCAAAGCUUUUAAACCCAACAAACUCAGAUCAUCUGAUGAAGUCCAAGCGAUUGAAGCAAACUUUUGUUGCCAGACCUUCAGAGUCUGACUGGGCUACGAGUAUGGUUGAUGGUACAGCUGAUUACCAUGCUGAAAUGAAUAAACAUAGCUCACUUGGUUGUCUGCAAACCUCAGCAUGUGCAGUAGACAAUAGCCUAUCCAAAGGUUUUGAAGGAUACCUUUGUAUAGUCUUUGAUCAGAAAAGCGGGGUUUCAUACACAUGAAUACACAUCCAGGUUACAAACUACAGAAACGUUUGGUUUGAUCGCAUCCUUCAAUUAUGUAUAUGCAUUCCCCCGUUUUUCCGCAUUUCCCCAAUUUAUUCUUUUGGCCUGUAUUUCUGUGAUCUGUUCAUACGAUGUAGUUGAGUUAUUUUGUUGUAAAAUUGUUGUGCUUGUACUUGUUAUCUCAGUAAGACGUGCUUAAAUCUACCUUCUGUA